GAGACCGAGAGGGCCAUCUGCGCACGCGCGCUCUCACCUCUCCCACCCGCUUGGAGCGCGCGCGCGGACCCGUCAGGCUUCUUGUGCCCUCAGGGGCCCAGUGGUGGGGGGAGGGGCGAUGAUUUCGGGCGUUCCCCGUCGGCUCUUCCGUGCUUUGGUCGGCAUGGGUGAGGCCGCCUCCUCUUCACUCAAGGUGCCCAGCAGAGAAGAGGCCUUGCCUGGCAGGGACAAGAGUCUUGUCCGUAUCUUGGAUAAACAUCAUGUCAAUGGCAACCGCAUGGUUGAACCUUUUCCGGAGGGAAUGCAUAUGGCAAUAUUUGGCAUGGGCUGUUUCUGGGGGGCAGAAAGGAAAUUUUGGAGGCAGAAAGGAGUCUACUCAACUCAGGUUGGUUAUGCAGGAGGACACACCAUGAAUCCUACCUAUGAAGAAGUCUGUUCAGGGAGAACUGGCCAUACUGAAGCUGUGCGAGUGGUAUUUCAGCCGGAAACCAUCAGCUUUGAGAAACUGCUCAAGGUCUUCUGGGAGAAUCAUGACCCAACGCAAGGGAUGCGGCAGGGGAAUGAUGUUGGCACGCAGUAUCGGUCUGCCAUCUACACCUUCUCUCCGGAACAGAUGGAGGCUGCCCUGAGAUCUAAAGAAGACUACCAAAAGACUAUCUACUCUGGACCUGGGGACUUUUCUAGAUCUCUCUUGGUAUUGACCGAGAAUGGCUUUGGUGCCAUCACCACCGAAAUCCGUGAGGCUCCAGAGUUCUAUUAUGCCGAAGAGUAUCACCAGCAGUACCUAAGCAAGCACCCCAGUGGCUACUGUGGCAUGGGCGGCACGGGGGUGUCCUGCCCAAUGGGGACCAUGGAGUGAUCUGUACUCUUCCAACUGUGUCGGUACCUCAAGACAAGAUGCAGAUGGUCAAGGAAUGUGCUUUGGAUUUGUACUGCAGCUUGAUGUAAUCUUCAGUGUCCCUCCCCAUGAAGUCAAUGGCGCCUCCUUACAGGAAGAAGCUGAGAGCUGAGCUACACGUGCAGCAUAACUGCAGGACAGAAUCAUUCCGGGAUGGCCCCACGGCAGAUGUGGGAAAUCACAUUCUUGAAUGCUUCCCUGCAUUAAAAAAAAAAAAAACUCUUGCUGCAUAUAGGAAACCAGCAUGGCAGAGGGGUUAUUCCCGGGUGUGCUAGUUUUCUGCAUGCAAGGAGGUUGUGUUUUUUUAGUGUAUUUUUUUUAAGGAGAGCUUUCAAAAAUGCAACUAUCCGCCUGUAGUCUCAAGUAACGCAGCCCAAGUAGACCUGUCCUAAGUCUAUAAUUUUGCUAAAUGCAUACGCCCCAUGAUCCCUUCCUCUCCUCCUGUGUGCUCACAUGGUCUCCGUGUGCCUCCUAGAAUCUGGAGAGUGAUGCCCACUAUGAUCGAGCAUACAUUUCUCCACUAGCACUUGGACUUGAAGGGGUGAGGAAAGACUGUGUGUGCAAGGCCAGGAGACAAAAGGCAUAACAGACCAUGCUUCUGAGGGGAAAGCCCCUGAGCAGAAAUGGCAGGCAGAGCAGAGGUUAAGCCAGGGGUGGGCAAAUGUGGCCCUCUGGCUGUUGUGGAACUACAGUGCCCAUCACCCCCAGCCUGCAUUUAUUCUGGAAGGGGAUUAUGGUACUUGUAGUUCAAUGAUAGCUGGAGGGCCAAGUUUUCCCACCUCUGGGUGAAGCACUCAGGCCCUUACCACAGACCCACUCUGAAUUCCACAUCCCCCAAAUGUACUUUUAAUUUUAAAGAAUGGUGCUGGAGCAUUAUUAUAAGCCUUUGUGUGUCGUUAACCCCUUAAUAUUGUGCUGGAUUGUGGCCAGAGUUCAUUUGUGUGAUGCUUGGAGAGGUUAAUUUUGGCUAAAGGAAUUGCCAAUGAGGGUUGUGUGGGUGCAGCCUUCCCAAGAUGCCUUUUAGCUGUGGGAUAAAGCUUCUACACGAUUGCCCUCCCAAGAAGAGGAAUUUACUGAAGAUGGUAAGUAUGGAAAACCAAGAGCUUUUUACUUCAGGGAGGCCUCUCAACUGCAGGAGCUGCGAGGCUUGCACUUUUAACUAAGAUAAAACCUCGUGGAUAUCCUUAUAUUAUUGCCCCAAACAUCUUAUUCCCUGCAACAGUUUGUAAGGAUGAAUUCUAUGAUUUCCUGCCAUCCCCCCACCCCACCCCCUGAGCUGGAAAGUACAGAACUGAAAUCCAAGAGGAUGGCCAUAUUUCCCAGGCAUGUGAGAGCAAAAGAUGUGUAAGUUCUAUUCACCUGAGCUUGGGUCCAGAUCAAUAAGAAGGCUGUAUCAAAUGCAAUGCAAUAAAAAAAAAAAACACCCAAACCCUGCAAACUACAAAUGAAAAUGAUGGCUCGUGUGUUGUU